CAGGUUUGGCUGUGCAUCAGAUCAUCACCAUCACCGUCUCCCUCAUCAUGGUCAUAGCUGCUCUGAUCACAACUCUUGUCUUAAAAAAUUGCUGUGCCCAAAGCAGGAACACUCGUCGGAACAGCCACCAGAGGAAGACCAACCAGCAGGAAGAGAGCUGCCAGAACCUGACCGACUUCACCCCUGCCCGGGUGCCCAGCAGCCUGGACAUAUUCACGGCCUACAAUGAGACCCUCCAGUGUUCCCACGAGUGUGUCAGGGCAUCGGCGCCCGUGUACACGGAUGAGACGCUGCACCCGACGGGGGAGUACAAGUCCACAUUUAAUGGAAACCGACCUUCCUCUUCUGAUCGGCAUCUGAUUCCUGUGGCCUUCGUGUCUGAGAAAUGGUUUGAAAUCUCCUGCUGACUGGCCGAAGUCUUUUUUACCUCCUGGGGGCAGGGCAGACGCCAUGUGUCUAUUUCAUGGAUUCCGUUGGUGAACCUGUAAAAACAAAACAAAACAAAAAAAUACAAAACCUAAAACUAAACUGUCUAAGGGGAGGGUCCCCGCACCUGCCACUUCUGUUUGCCGUUGGGAAACUCACAGAGCAGGACGCUCAAGGCCAAAUCUAUUUUUGUAAAAAUGCUCAAGCCUAUGGGUGACUGCCUUCUCCCGGAGUUUUCUUUGGAGAACAGAAGGAAGACAUGCGAGAAAGGAACUGGAGACAGAGAGAAAAGGAGACCGAGUGAAAAGGACAGGAGGGAGCAUCCGGAACCUGGGAUUCGUACUACGAUUCUGAAGCUGUGCCAAUAAUACCAUUAUGUGCCAUGUACCGACCCGAAAGGCUCGGCCGCAGAGCCGGGGCCGGGCGGAUCACGCGUAGAAAUCUUACAGAAAACAGGGGUGGCAAUCUCUUCCGAUAGAGUCACUAUUUCUGGUUAAUAUAUAUAUAUAUAUAUAAAUAUAUAAAUACAAACACACACACACACUUUUUUUGUACCGUAGCAAUUUUUGAAGAUCUUCAAUGUUCCUUUUUAAAAAAGAAUUGUGUUAUAGGUUACAAAAAUCUGAUUUAUUUAACAUGCUUAGUAUGAACGGAAUACACUGGUGUUUUCUACUCUGGCAACACACCUCACACACCUGUCACACAUGCACACAUCUGCACAUGCACACACACAUAUAUACACAUACAUUGGAAAUGCAGUUUUACAGGUGGGCAUAUGCUUUCUGGUGACCUGGUCUUCCAUCACCUUUCUUUCAGGGGCCAGCCUUGACCCAGACAAGGAGGCCCUUAAAUCCUGCCUUUGCUAGAUAUUCAGCGAGGGGCACCAAAUGCCCGAUCUGUUACCUUGGGCCAGAAUUAAGAAUUCCAUGGUUUUAUAUAUAUAUAUAUAUAUAUACACACACACACACAUGCAUAAAUAUUAUCUUUUUUCAUUUAAUUGUUUGGAGAUGCUACCUAACAGCCAUGCACACAUUUACGUAGCUGGCUGCUUAUAAAUUGGGCCUGAGCACCAGGUUGGGUGGGUGGUGGAGUCUCGGACAUUUGUGUUAUACAAGCAUAGAUCGAAUUAAAGAAAUUUUCCAGUUCCAAAAAUUAAA